AUAAAAAAAUGCUUUAUUCAUAUAAAACCGAAAACAAAAAAUUGAGACACCAAACCACUACAAAUAGCUGAUGAUUAUGAUCACUCAUCUCCCACACUGAAGGGGUUCCUGUCCUUGGAUGUGACAAUGGUUUCAGCUUCUCCUUCUAAGGAAGACCAGUCCAGUGGCAAAUGGACCGAAGGCGAUCCCGCUCGCCGAGCCAAAUGGUGGUACUCAACUUUCCACACGGUCACAGCCAUGAUCGGUGCAGGUGUUCUAAGUCUGCCCUAUGCUAUGGCUUACUUAGGCUGGGGUCCAGGGAUAACGGUUCUGGUGUUAUCUUGGUGCAUGACUCUGAACACAAUGUGGCAAAUGAUCCAACUCCAUGAAUGUGUUCCUGGGACUCGCUUUGAUCGCUACAUCGACCUUGGUCGACAUGCUUUCGGCCCGAAUUUGGGACCAUGGAUUGUCCUACCUCAGCAGCUGAUUGUUCAAGUUGGUUGUGAUAUCGUGUACAUGGUUACGGGUGGAAAGAGUUUAAAGAAGUUCAUGGAGAUGACUUGCGCCUCUUGCACCCCAAUAAGGCAGUCUUACUGGAUUUUGAUCUUUGGUGGCAUCCAUUUCUUCUUGUCUCAGCUUCCGAAUUUCAAUUCUGUUGCUGGCGUUUCACUAGCUGCAGCAGUCAUGUCACUCAGUUAUUCAACCAUAGCCUGGGCAGGUUCCUUGGCUCAUGGCCAGAUUGAUAAUGUGAGCUAUGCUUACAAAAACACCAGCGCAGCUGACUACAUGUGUCGUGUCUUCAAUGCACUGGGAGAAAUUUCUUUCGCGUUCGCUGGCCAUGCAGUUGUCCUUGAGAUUCAGGCUACAAUUCCAUCAACUACUGAGAAGCCUUCCAAAAUCUCAAUGUGGAAAGGUGCACUGGUUGCUUACUUUAUCAAUGCAAUUUGCUAUUUCCCCGUUGCCCUUAUAGGGUAUUGGGCAUUUGGACAAGAUGUUGAUGAUAAUGUCCUUAUGGAGCUGAAAAGACCCGCAUGGCUCAUUGCCUCUGCUAAUAUAAUGGUGGUAAUUCAUGUCAUAGGUAGCUACCAGGUCUAUGCUAUGCCUGUUUUUGACAUGCUAGAGAGGAUGAUGAUGAAAAGAUUCAGUUUUCCACCAGGACUUGCACUUAGGCUCGUGACUCGAUCUACUUAUGUUGCAUUUACCCUUUUCGUUGGAGUCACCUUCCCAUUCUUCGGAGAUCUUCUUGGUUUCUUUGGCGGGUUUGGUUUUGCCCCCACUUCAUAUUUCCUCCCUUGCAUAAUGUGGCUAAUAAUCAAGAAACCUAAAAGAUUCAGCACCAAGUGGUUUAUAAACUGGGCCUGCAUAUUCGUUGGAGUGGUCAUCAUGAUGGCAUCCACCAUUGGCGGGUUCCGGAAUAUCGUUACCGAUGCCUCCUCGUAUAGGUUCUACACAUAAUAACGGCAAAAUGUAACUGAUCGAGUUUGCAAGACUUCUUUUUUAUUGAUAUGCCUCUGUUGUUAUAUUAAGCUAGCAACUAUUUAAAUAGAACAGUCCGGCAUAAUCCUGUUCUGCUUUGUGGUGUCAUAUUCAGCAAACAGACUGACUUCAUGUUAACAUCGUCAUAAAUCUUAACUACUAUGUUUGGAU